CAGGCCCCCAAUAUUUCAGAUACUCCGUCAACCUCCACAUCCAGAAUAAUAAAUUGAAAAAAUAAAAUUAAAAAUAAAAUCCAGUAGUAAUCGGAGUUAUCAUCGUCUCUUCAUCUUCGACCUCGCAAAUCUUCAAUGGACUCCGAUCACUGGUCGUCGCGUCUUGCGGUUGCGAAGAGGCAGUACAUGCUUCAUCAAACCAACAAAUCUCAUUCAGAUCGGUUGUGCAUCGAUGAUUUGGAGGUGGAAGACGAUAUUCCGUGCCCGUAUUGUUACGAAGAUCACGAUAUCGCCUCGCUGUGCUCGCAUCUCGAGGAUGAACAUUCUUUCGAAUCCAGAGUCGCCGUUUGUCCAAUUUGCUCUGUUAAGAUUGCAAGAGACAUGCUAGGUCAUAUAACAAUGCAACACAGGCACUUGUUUAAGUUGCAGAGGCGUCGUAGAUUACGCAGAGUUGCUAUUCCAAACAGCCAAGCUCUGUCCCUUUUGGGACGGGAUCUCCGUGAGGCUCACCUGCAGGUGCUUUUGGGUGGUGGGGGAUAUCGGCCUAGCAAUGCUAAUGCAUCUAAUUCACUCACUGAGUCAUUGCUCUCAUCUCUUGUUUUGAACUUCCCUUUAUGCGAAGCCGAAGAGAUUACAAAAUCUGUGGUUCCUGACCUCGAAGAUACUUCUGGAGCAAAUUCAUCAAAGAAAACCUGGAAUACAAGUGUCUAUUCUUCCUUAAGUUCUGAAGAACGAGAAAAGAAGAUCAGACAAACUACUGCAAGAGCAGGGUUCAUCCAAGAUCUGCUGAUUUCCACCAUGUUUGAUGACUAGUGGAAGAAUCGGUCCCAUAAGUGAACUGUAAGUUAACUAGUUAAUUAUGCUGAAAGGAGGCUUUGGAGUGCUCCUAAGGUUCUUUAGGGCACUAUGUAUUGUUGGACUGCCCAGCAAUACAUGCCAUUGCCCUCCUUGAAUUCUUUUAUUGAAGCAGUAAUUAAAGUAUGUGGAGUUGUUUGAUCCAUCCAAAUUGUUCUAUAUUUCUAAAGCAUGUUGACCGACCAUUCUAAAGUUUGAUAAUUUCAUCAUUACAGCUUAACUACA